AUGCCUCUUCCAUUUUCAAUAAUCUCUACAACUUCCCAAGAUGUUUUGGAAGAUGCUGACUCGGAUGAAGAAGCUGAAACAUUUUAUGUCAAUUGGAUAACUGAAAAAAACCAUUCGUUUCCACAAUCAAUGGUAUUAGAGCUCGAAGAAGAAAGUCUCGUCAGCAGUGUUAAGCUAAUUGUUCAUAAAGAUUAUCCACCAUCAUCCUUGACAGUUUCACUUGGAAUUCCAUCAAAUCAUUUUCGAAACUCUCGUGGAAAAUCUUACAAUGCCGAUUAUUCAGUUCGUCAAGAGCUUUCAUUCAGAGACGAUUUUCAUGUAGAAUACGGUCAGAAGCAUCCGAAGGCAACUGUUUUCUUCAAUUCACCAGCUAAAUUUGUGAGAAUAUCAGUGCACGGAUUCUCAGAUUCAGACGUCAAUCAUCAUCGUCAAGUCUCCAUUCUUUCUGUUAUUAUCAGUGGAGCAGGUGAAAUACUACCAUUUGACAGUCAUUUGAAGGACGAACCAAAACAGACAGAGAUGAGUUACAUCGAACUCGACAAGGGAAUUCUGCUGCCGUUGAAGUCAAAACCGAAAAUGCGAGAAACAAAGACUAUUGUUGGACUUUACGACACAGAUUCAGAAGAUGAGGAGAUUUUAUUUUCAAAAGAAAUGUUGAAUAGAUUACGAAAAAGGGAAGCCGUUAUGAAAAAUCCACAGUUGCCUACAACAUCGGCGAUAACUGAAACUAUUGCAAUUGAUACAAGUUGUGAAAAGUCUGCUCCGGUAUCAUCGUCUUCAUCCUCAAAACAACAAUCAUCAGUAUCACCUCCAUUAUCUGACAGAUCGAAAAAACAAAUUUUGGACGAAAUCUUGGGAAUCGACGAAAAAGGAAACAAAGGGAAACCCAGAAAAGAGGUAUACUUUGGAUCUCGUAUGUCAGAGUUUAACAACAUGCUCAGACUUCUCGAAAGAAAACGAGAAGAAUCAAUUUGGGAGGAAAAGUACGCUCAAGCAUCAGCUAUUGAUGAAAGUGUGAAAGAUCUGAAAUCACGUGAAGCAGGACUCAGAGAACUUAUUAUUGAAAGAGAAGAUGCACUGAAAGGGAAAGAUUUGAUCGCAGCUCAAAGAAGCAAAGAUCGAUUUGAUAAGAAUAUGAGUGAUGCUUUACAUUUACCAACAAUUCGUGGUUUUCUGAAUGAACAUGAGUUAAAACGCCUAAAUAUCGAAUAAUGUUAGAAUAUACUAACAAGCGGGGUUUGAGAUGACUGCAAUUGCAUUUGUAAUAUGGAGUCUUCUUUCAAUUAAUAACCUUUCAUCUUGGACAUUUUCACCCUUUGUUCAGCCGUUUUUGCUGAAUAAUCACAAUUAUAUUCCAUAGGUACAAAGCCUACGCAUAAACCAGAAGAAAAUUCUACAAAACCAGCAAAAAAAUCGCCUGACUUAUUAUGCAUUUUAUGCUUCAACUAUCUCAUCCAUCUAUACUACAUUUUUCUGUCACAAAUUUCACAUCUGCUAUAAAUAUCUGAUUCUUCG